AUCUUGAUUGUCCACCAACGUCGAAAACCAUAGAAAAUAAAGUAAAGAAAAUGUAAAAUCAGCUCGAAGACGAAGAGUUUAUCCAGAAGGAAUAUCAAAACUCUUCCUCUCUCUCCCCCCCUCUCUCUCCCCUUCGGAAUUUUCUGCAGAACAAUUCUUAGUUUGGGUGAACAAGAAAUUGUUUAACAAGAAUAUCUGAUCCAUCUGCAGAUGGAAAAAUUGCCAACCGAAAUCUGCCUCAAGAUAUUCUGUUUGUUGGAUUCCCAAAACCUCGCAACCGCACUUCAAGUUUGCAGGAAGUGGAACUCCUUAGCUUCAGACAAUAUCUUGUGGUCGAACUUAUUCAAGGAGAGGUGGGGGGAAGACCAUGCUGCAUUUUAUCACCCAGUUGAUUCAAAGUCGUGGAAGGAUUCAUAUGAGGUGCAAGAUCGAUGUGAUCGAUUUGGAUUGGGCCUAAGAAUUAUCCGAGAAGGGAAUGACUACUACCUCAUUCACCAAGGUGAAAUCCAGAGGCACCUAGGUUCAAGAAGACAAAAGAUUGGACAGACCAGCAGUUUUCUUCCUUUGAGUUCAAAAAGAGAGUUCCUAUCAGAAGGACUUCUCGAAGAAGACAAAUCCUGUCGAGGAAUUCUGGACAGGAUCCUUUUCUUCAUUGGAGACUUGGAAGUUGCUUCAACAGAUGCAAAGCGUAGCAGGUCUCUGUGAAGCCUCCUUCAGUCAGCAAAAAUUAUGUGAAUUUAAUGUAUAAUAUUUAUUUAUGUUUAUGUUGACAUUGAAUUCUGGCAAGUGUAGAAUAUACAACUCAUAUUCUUUGAAAUGCCAUAAAUAAGCAUCUUCUUCAACCACUUUGUUUUGGUACCUCGAAGCAAAGCCUCAUCCCGGUAGCCUGAAACUGAAAACUCGACAAAGACAAAGCAAUUUUUUACAAAUGGAAGGCCUUGACAAGACAAGUGAAACCCUUAUAUUUACAACCAUAAAAGACUUGUUGGAUGCUCGGUAAAGACCAAUGACUCUGGCAAGCUCCUCCUUAGACGUCUUACAGGAUCAUAUAAGACUAUCUUCUUGAAUUUUCAAGAUUAUCAAUUAAAUUUCUGUACAAGACAGCCAAAUAUAAUAUAUGUGAUUGAAACCUUUCACUA